AUGUCUGACAGCAAGCAGGAGGGCCCUGGAGCCAAGGAGCCAGCCUGCAUGCUGUGUCACCGUGCCGAGGCUGACCCGGACAUGUGCGGUGACAAACUGCACAAGGGUGGGCUCUGUGCUCACGUGUUCUGCAUGCUCUUCGCUACUCUACUCUUUCGGCAAGAGAACCGCCACGAUGGACUCAUGGGAUUUCUCCCACGAGAUCUCCAAAUUGCGGUCUGGCGGGCAGCAGAGAAGCCGGCAGCGGCCACGUCCUGCGCCCUGCCCAGAGCCCUGCGGCUGCCCGGGGAGGCCUCGAGGCUGCUGCUGCUGCUGAUGCGGCUGCUUGGCUCUUUCCAGCGCUGCUGCGUCUGCGGCCAGAGCGGGGCAACCAUCAUGUGCUGCGUGCCGGAGUGUGACAGAUGGUUCCACCUGCCCUGUGCCAAGGAGGGUGGCUGUGUUAAUGUAUACGUUACUCCGUUCAGGUCCUUCUGCCCUGAGCACCGUCCAGAGCAGGAGGUGGAGGUGACUCCUGAGCCGGACACCGUUUGCCUCAUCUGCCUGGAGCCUGUGGAGGACAGGACGACCUUCACAACACUGGUGUGCCCAACGUGCGAAAGGGCCUGGUUCCACAGGGACUGCAUCCAGGGACAGGCCUUGCGUGCUGGUGCUUUGUAUUUCCAGUGCCCCCUGUGCAGAGACAGUGGGGAAUUCCCUGUUGAAAUGUUCAUCUUGGGGAUCCGAGUCCCCUUCAGAGACCCAACAUGGGAGGACAAUGAUGCCUUUGCAGAUCUAGGAGUGAGGCACAGCCAGUGCAAUGCCAGGGAUUGCCUUUACCCUGGAGGCAGGGAGGAGGCAGAGGAACAGGGGCCCUGGCAAUUGCUCCUGUGCUCCUCCUGUGCUGCUGAGGGCACCCACAGGCGCUGCUCUGGCCUGAGGAACAGCACACAGAGAUGGGAGUGUGACAGCUGUGCUGGGCUCGGAACAUGUAUGAGUCAAAGUCCCCGGUGUCCCUGGCUGGGGGCAGUGCCCAGGCCGGGCUAG